AGUUAGCAUUAGCUACUAGCCGCAGAGCUUCAUCUGAGUUUCCUGAGACCCUCCACACUGAGCUUCUCUCCAAAAACCACCUCAAACCAGAGCAGCCGUCUCCAGUCUGUCAGGAUCUGCUCUCCUCCCUCCACCCUGGCGUUUUCCUGUCUCGAUGGUGUUUACCUCUCAAAGCAAGAGAAUGAGUUCGUACAUCAUGUCAUGGACGAUCUGGAAGCAUACCAACAGAAAAACGAGCACAGGAGUGUCCUCCUCUUCCCUCCUCUACCCAGCAGACUGAGAUACCUGAUUCACAGGACCAUGGAGGAUGUGCCGGAGCUCAGCACCUUCUCGGUGGGGGAGAGCUGGAAUCGGAGGGUGGUGGUCUGCUAUUCUGAGCUCAGAGGUGAGAUGGAGGAGGAUAGUGACUUGGAGGGCAGCAACAGCCAUGAGGAGCACAAACCUCCAGUCGCGUCUCGGCGCCGAAGACCCAAGAGACCAGACAAGCCCCUCUACAUGCCCCGAGCCGCUCGGAAGAGACUGACGUUACAGAAGUCACAAGCAAACACAGAAGACCAACAGUUACCUAGUUCAGCUCACUGCAGCACUGACUCUUUAUGUAAUAACUCAUCGGACUCCUGCUCCUGUCCCGAAGCCACAGGAAUAACAGCGAGCUCAGGCAGGCAGGAGGUGUUUCCCGGGUUAGCGGACGGCGUCCCCGACUCAUCUGAAGACAGGUUGAAGCGCUGUACUCAGGAGCAGGAGGACACGGUGAUCCAGGGGCUGCAGGAAGAUGAGGGGCUUGCUCGAGAGCAGAUGACAGCGUCAUUAAACGAAAUGACAUUGGAGGAGGAUGAAAAGGACGACGCUCCGGACGUCGGCCACACGGACGACACCAGCACAGACACAGAGGAUGUGGUCGAAGAGAUCAAGUCUUUUCUAAAGGAGACAGCGUCGGUUUUCAUUGAGCACGUCAACAGCGACUACUCUCACUACGAGGUCGUGUGCAUCAGCUCAGACGACUUCGCUCAUGUUAUUGAGAUCUACGACUUCCCACAUAUUUUCAAGACGGAUGACCUUCUGGAUGCUUUCAGAGAGUACAGUGACGGUGGAAUGAAGAUUAAAUGGGUGGACAACACACACGCUCUUGGGGUUUUCUCCAGCGAGUGUGCAGCCCUUCAUGCUCUCUCCAUCUGCCACCCGAUGCUGAGAGUACGUCCGCUGGCUGAAGGGAGCAAAAAAGCCAAACUCAAGGCCCUCCGACGGGCAGAGUUCAUCCAGCCAGUGAAGGAGCGUCCCCGGACCGAUUGUGCCGUCGCCAGGCGGAUGGUCACCAGAGCUCUGGGCAUUCGAGGGAGAGGCAGAAAGCAGCUGAAUUAAAAGGGAAACACUAACUCGGUCUGCAUGUGGUGAAGAAAAGCCCAGCAGACUCCACAACGCCUCAGACAGCAUCACUGGUCAGGAAGAGUCGGACUGCUCCCUGAUCCUCAGCGUCGGGACGUUGGGCUCAGAAGAGACGUCAGCCUCACAAACGGAGCCCCGUCACCGAGCCUGACCUCCAACCUUUGGACAUUUUACUGUUUUUGUCGGUGGUGUUUGCGCCGUUAGCAUCUGGUGACGGUUAUGAAUCGGGGCUGAAGGGAGAAUGCAGCAUGCGGCAGCAGGGACUGCAUGCGGCUCUGAAGGCUUCCGAUACAGCUGGAGGAGCUGGUCUGGGUUUGUUGCAUGGAGAGCUGUCACUGGAGUGGGACCUGCAGUCCUUUCAGAUGCUAAGCUGUCGACCCGUUUGUCCAGGUGAGGCCAGAUAAGUUGCGUAAUUGUAUCUCGAUCUUGGUCUGGAUCUCUGGCUUGGUGCCAGACUCGGGUCCAACAAGUGUAAAUGAUGAAUAACAGUAAUACCUGGAAGUUUCAGAUUCUGUUGUUUACCAAACCCAGCAUUGUUGACGUGAGGCUCUGUGGUUACAUCAUAAAGUCUAGAUGCUUUUUUAAUUUUAAUUUUAAAACCAUUUUUUUUUAAAACCAAAUUGUGUUUGGUCAGGAGCUUCCGGGCUUUUACUUGGUGUUUUAACGGCUGUGAAAGAGUCCCAGUUAACAUUUAUUAAAAGCUAUGAGAGUCUGUCUUAAGUCAGAAAUACUUUUUAAUGGUUUACUUUUUUUUUGUUUUGUUUUGUUUUGUGUUUUCCCAGUGCCUGAUGACAGAGUGACUUGAUUUAUUCGGCCAAUUCUGGUUGAUUUGCAGAAAAAAAAUAUUUAUAACUAUAAAGAAAUUUGAUGUGAGACUAGAUGUAACAGUUGUAAAAAAUAAUAAUAUCCAGUACCAUUGAAAUAAAGGACAGCA